AUGCAUCAUGGACCCACUCCGACCCCCUUCUCCACCGCCACCCCCGCCUCCACCGCCACCCCCGUCGCCACCGCCACCUCCCCCACCAGGACCGUCGCUCCCACCGCUCCCACCGCCUCCUCCGCUACCACCUCCGCCGCCACCUCCGCCUCCACCGCCGCCACUACUACCUCCACUCCCGCCACCACCCCCCCCGCCACCCCCACUCCCCCCUCCACCCCCACCGCCUCCUCCACCGCCCCCUCUGGCUCCACCCGCUCCCUUGCCCCCCUUGCCCUUGCCAGCCUCAAUAUGGUUGGUACGAACUCCGGAGGUGCUAGUGACGAGAUGGAUAGAAGAAGAGAGGCUGGAGAGCAGGGGGGAGUUGCUGGUGGAGGAGUGGGGACUCACCAACCAGCCAACCCUACGCUACCUACUUCUUCUACACCAUCUCCUAUUACCGUGGAUCCUGUAAAAGCUUUCUCUAUUGAGAAAUUCAUGGGGGAGGAUUACGAGCACUGGAGCUUCCACAUGAGGCUGAUGUACACCCAAUACAAGCUAUUGGAUCUGGUGGAGGGGAAGGAGAAAAUGGCGGAGGCCGCGGAGCUGAAAGGAGCGUGGAUGAAGCGAUCGUUUGACGUGUACAUGCUAAUGUCGUGGUCUGCGCUAGCGAACAACCUCAACUCCCAACAACCCCAAUGGAGCGUGGGUUACAUUCGCGCGCGCAUCCUAGAGGAGGACUUGCGGCGGCGGAGUGUGGAGCGCUCGGAGGAGGGGGCUGGCUAUGGAGUUGGAGGUGGAAAGAGUGGCUUCAAAAAGAAGUGGAAGGGAAAGAACCAGGACAACCCUCAAGAGGAUGGCGGCGGGGGUCAAGGGGAGGUGUGCUUCUACUGCAAGAAGUGCGGACAUCGUUGGCGGAAGUGCUACCUAUGA